AUGUGGGAUCCGUCCCGAAUGCUGUGCAAGAGCGAACACGUGAAAGGGUGUCAGUUUUUGGAUAUUGUGGGGAGCGGUGACGAUGCACAGAUUUUGGGUUGUUGGGCCAUAGGCGAUGGAUCAAGAAAUAGCAGAAAAGCUUCUAAACUUGCCUGCUUACGAGCUCGCUUCAAUGAUGAGGUGGCGAGAAAAGCAGCUAUUGAAAUAGACAAACAGAUCAGACCAGACGCCAGCAUAUCUUUGAACGUUCUUGGCCUCGAGUUCGUUCUCGAUGGAGAAACUGAAGAUGUGUCGGAGCCCGUACUUGUCGAUAUGACUGUAGCGCCAGUGGACUCGGAC